GAUGGCUCAUGGCUUGUCUGCUGAUACUACAAAACUCACCACCUACUCCCCCCUCCCUCGAUUAUAGAGUGGUGCGAGGACAGGCUGCCAGUUCCACCCACACUCUUGCAUGGAUACUUAUUAUAUUAAACCAGAUAACGCUUGUCGUGCAGUUUAACACAUUGUAAUGAAGUUAGCGACGGGUGGAAAAUGAUUUCAACAAUGGUGUUUCUAUUUUUCGGCCUUUUUCUUCUUGGCAUCAAAGUGGAGUCGAAAGCAGUAACCACAAAGUUAGAAAUCACUCCUCGAAGCUGUCUGGACUACCUAAAGAGAAGUAUAAAAUCCAAUGGGUAUUACACCAUAUAUGACUUCAAGCGUCGCGACUUUAUAGCAGUUUAUUGCGACAUGACUUCGGAAGUUGGCUCAGCCUGGACUUUGGUGUUAUCUUACACCUUGAAGAACAGACACUUGCAACAAUUCGCCACGAAAUCAUUACUUGAAGACGCUCCUGUGAACGAGAACUCGCCUAAUUGGAAUCUCUACCGUAUGAGCCUCUCCCAAAUGACUCAUCUGAAGUCUCAAUCUACUCACUGGCGAGCAACCUGCAGUUUUCCCACCCACAAAGUCGACUACACCGAUUAUGUCAGAGCGAAGUUUGCGGAUUUUGACAUCAUGACAUUUCAGGGCUAUGGCAUCUGCAAGAAGGUUGAAUAUGUAAAUAUCCGUGGUCAUCAAUGCGCUCAAUGUACUUCAAGAUGGUGGCAGGAAAACAGUCGAUAUCAUCCUCACAUCGACAGUAAUUGGACAGACGGCUGCCAGUUACGUCCUCAACAAGGUUCCACCUCAAGUGAGAACAAUUUUGGCCAUUAUGUCCAAGGAGUCAUCAACAGUAAAUUUCGUUGCAGUGCUGGUCCUCUUUCUACUACAAACUGGUGGUUUGGUGGAUAUUUGUAAAUACCACUUUCUAGUUU